AUUCUUCUAAAUAAGUUAUCAACUAUGGUUGAAACUGCAGCUGAAAAUUCAGUUAAACUUUUAUCUUUAACUGUUAACAUUCCUAAUAAUUUUUUCAUUUAUGAUGAGCCAAUAGAAAAUGAUAAUGUUAUAAGCAUUGUAAAAAAACUACAAGAAGUGACAAAAAAGUAUCAUCAGGAACAUGCUUCUCAAGAAAUACAUAAAUUACGUUAUAUAGAAAACUCAAAUCAUACUAAAAGAAGAAAGAAUUAG